AAGCGGGAGGAGCUCUAGAAAACAUUUAAUCAAGUUUGUGCGAACUGUCUCUCACUCACAAAACAGUGCGAAGGACUUAACAUUGGCACUCAUUGUACUUGUGUGGCUGGAUAAUAGAAUAUAGCAGCCAUGCCGGGUAAAGAUCCUAAUAAGCCGAAGGGAAAGACUUCUUCCUAUGCGUUCUUUGUUGCGACGUGCCGGGAAGAACACAAGAAAAAACACCCAGGAACUUCAGUGAACUUUUCCGAGUUCUCAAAGAAAUGCUCAGAGAGGUGGAGGACCAUGUCUGCAAAAGAGAAGGUGAAGUUUGAGGACAUGGCCAAGGGUGACAAAGUCCGUUAUGACAAGGACAUGAAGGGUUAUGUGCCCCCCAAGGGAUCUAAGGCAGCAGGAAAGAGAAAGAAGGACCCCAAUGCCCCCAAGAGGCCACCUUCUGCAUUUUUCGUGUUCUGUGCUGAACACCGUGGAAGAAUCAAGGCUGAUAACCCAGGCAUGGGCAUUGGCGACAUCGCCAAGCAGCUGGGUCUGCUGUGGGGCAAGCAGACUCCCAAAGACAAGGUGCCACAUGAAGCAAAGGCUGCCAAGCUGAAGGAGAAGUAUGAGAAGGAUGUUGCUGCCUACAAGGCUAAGGGAGGCGCAGGUGCAACUGCUAAGAGUGGCCCUGGCAGGCCAGCUGUUGGCAAGAAGGCAGCGCCCAUGGAUGAUGAUGACGAUGAUGAUGACGAAGAGGAGGACGAUGAGGAAGAGGAUGAUGACGAGGAUGAUGACUAAACUGCCUGGAAACUUGAGCUGGAGUAUUUGCAAAACAAUGUGAACCUUACAAUGUAACAUUUAUAGCAUUUUGGAUUUUUCAGAACAUGUACAGUGAUGUGCAAUGGCUGCAAUAAUGCAUACAGGGGUCAUAUUGUGCUGUCUUGUAAAUUAACAGCUCUUAUUCUCAAAGCACUGCUUGUUUUGUCUUUGGAUGAUGGUGACAUGUUCUUUUCCGCCCUAUAUUGAUAUCGUUUCCACUGCCGUUUUUAAGAAAUACAAGAAAAUGUGUAGACGUUUGCGACCCAUUUUUAACGUGGAGUUUCAGUGUAGAAUGAUUUCUUUUUAUAAUAAAAUUUUGUUUUGUAUAUUAUGA